AUGUUCCGAAGAGAAUUUAAAUGGGAAGAGCCUGACGAUGACGAAGACAAUCCGUUCCGGGAUUUGUCGGAAGCGCUGAAGACCAACACCUCUGUGGUCAGCAUCAAUCUGGACUUUUGUGACCUUCGCGAUGAUGGUGCCAAGGCUUUGGCAGAAGCGCUGACGAUCAACAAGGUGCUGACGCAACUCUUCUUACAUGGAAACAGCAUCGAUGUGGAUGGGGUCAAGGCUUUGGCUGAAGCGCUGAUGGCUCCCCAAUCAGCACUGCAAUCUCUUAGCAUGGGAAAGUGCGGCAUCGGUGAUGACGGGGUCAAGGUCUUAGCCAGGGCGUUGAAGACCAACAAAUCCUUGGACAAUCUUGAUUUGGAAGAGAACAAGAUUGGCGACGACGGAGUCAAGGUCCUCGCGGAAGCGUUGACGGAGAACUCGUCGAUCACGAACGUCAAUCUGAAACAAAACGACAUUGGAAGUGAUGGAGUGAAGGCCCUGCGAUGA